UGGGGGAGUCUCUUUCGGUCUGCGCUCACCAUUUGUAACCUUGAAGUGGGGCCAUCCUCAGGUGGUCGUAGCUUCUUGGCAACGUCAGCUGGAGCUAAACAAAUGUCGGAACAAGUGUCCAGAGCUUCGGAAGCAACCGUCAGCCUUAGGUUGUCCGCCCACCAGCUGCUCUCACCACGGGCAGGCAAAUAUUUCCACGACAACGACCCAAGAUGCGGCUCACGCAGUCAAUCAUCCCGUCGCUUUUGCUGCUUGCUGCAGGAGUUGCCCAGGCCGCUUCAGCUUGGGGAUUUGACGACGGCAACCUCUCAAUUGUCGCGAAGAAGUCCGGCGAGACGAUCAAGGAGAAGCUCAACCACAAGGCUCCUCUCCAGAAACCCGUCUCGCUUGGAAGCUCCGACACGCUGAAGCUAAGCUUGACGGCCAAAGACAAUGGCAAAGGAAGACGGCCACACCAGGCGUUUUUGGUCCUGCAAGAGUCAGAGUCAGGGCUUGAAGCACCCUUUCCCCUCACGGUAAAAGAGAACGGGAAGGCGGCGGCUCAGAUUUCCCACAAAGAUAUCCCCGUCCAGUUACUCGUUGCUAAAAAGCCGCUUAAGGCCUCGGUUGUUCUCGCCUCCUUUGGCUCGGCCCAAGGCCUCAAUGCGCCGGUCUUCGAGGUCAAGAUCGAGACAGACCCGACCGUUCCGGCCCCCGCCUACGAGAAGCCCCUGCGCUACGGCAAGAAGCCUGAGAUCCAUCACAUCUUCCGCCCCGACCCCAAGAGCCCGCCUAAGAUUGUCUCGCUCAUCUUCACGCUGGCCGUGAUAGUCACCCUGCCCGCGCUCCUUGUCGGCUGGGCCAUCCUCAGCGGCAACCUCACCCACCUAUCCAAGGCUAUGGGUACCGCGCCCCUGUCGCACGCCACCUUCUUUGGGUCGAUCUUGGCUCUGGAAUUCGUUUUCUUCAUGUACUACACCAGCUGGAAUCUAUUCCAAACAUUGCCGGUCAUUGCGGCAGUCGCUGCUGUCACAGUACUCAGCGGGACCAAGGCGUUGGGAGAAGUGCAGAACAGGAGGCUUGCAGGAGAGCGCUGACGGGAAGGGCACCUGGUUGAUGGGAAAAUGCAUCGGAGAAUAUGCUGAGCACGUCUUGAUUCGUAGCUCUCGAAGCAAUGAUGCUUUGUAUUCGCAUACCGGUCGAGGUCGGCUAUGACGUGUAAGGUGGUCUACACAAAAAGGGAACAUU